AUGGUCGGGUCAGUAGCUAUGGGCGGCCGUAGUCCCAAGUGUGUGCGAUGUCGCAACCACGGCGUCAUCAGCAGUCUGCGCGGCCACAAGAGGGUGUGUCGGUGGCGUGGUUGUGCGUGUGUGAGCUGUCAGCUGGUGUUCACCCGCCACAGGAUGUUAGCGGCACAACUCGCCCUCAGGAGGCAAAAACAGAAUGUUAGAAGUCAAGAAUGGCUUCUUCGCAGUUCUCAGCAGUUAGUUGCAGACAGCAGACACUAUCAAAUGCAGCUUAAAGUGUUGCAACAAAACUUCCUAACGUGUAGUCAGAGAAUGGACGGACAGAUGGCACCGAUGUUAUCUACCAGUCUCAGUGAAAGACUGCGCAGGCGACGCGCUUUCUGUGAUAAUCAGCUUGACUUCGCUCCCUCUCCUGAGGAGAUGUUAGUGACGUCACUGGUACAACGCUUAGAAUCCAUGACGUCACACCUCCCGCUGCUGUUUUCACCAUCAACUCCAUCUUUGGUCAACACUAAUCAAGUGCACAGCGUACACCUGCAUGAACCGACAUCUGAACCAUGGGAUGGCAGGUUGCAAGAAAAACGAAAAUUUGUUUGAUAUAACUAAUCAUAUUUGUACUAUACAUAUGUUCCUGAUAUCAUCGUUUAAAUUUAUUAUAAAUAAUAUGAAGAUUGUUUAAAUUACUUAUAUUUGGAAAACUAACUCAGAAUUAUAUAAUUUUUACCCAACUAUUUGGAGAACAGAUUGUUGAGAAUAUGUAUUAUCUUCAAAAAAUACAGACUAUAAUGAAAGGUUUUCCAUUAGUAAACUGUGUGUUUCAAAAACUUGUUGCAAUUACUUAUAUCCUUUAAUUACAAUAAAUGUAUUAUGAAUAACCCGAACAUUGUUUAAAUUACUUAUAUUUGGAAAACUAACUCAGAAUUAUAUAAUUUUUACCCAACUAUUUGGAGAACAGAUUGUUGAGAAUAUUUAUUAUCUUCAAAAAAUACAGACUAUAAUGAAAGGUUUU